GCCCCGAGGGUCCCAGCCUAGCGCCCCGCGUCCCCGGGUGAGCAUGGAGCGCCCGGAACCCGAGCUGAUCCGGCAGAGCUGGCGGGAGGUGAGCCGCAGCCCGCUGGAGCAUGGCACCGUCCUGUUCGCCAGGCUGUUUGACCUGGAGCCGGACCUGCUGCCCCUCUUCCAGUACAACUGCCGCCAGUUCUCCAGCCCGGAGGACUGCCUCUCUUCCCCUGAGUUCCUGGACCACAUCAGGAAGGUGAUGCUCGUGAUCGAUGCUGCGGUGACCAAUGUGGAGGACCUGUCCUCGCUGGAGGAGUACCUUGCCAGCCUGGGCAGGAAGCACCGGGCAGUGGGUGUGAAGCUCAGCUCCUUCUCGACGGUGGGUGAGUCCCUGCUCUACAUGCUGGAGAAGUGCCUGGGCCCUGCCUUCACACCAGCCAUGCGGGCUGCCUGGAGCCAGCUCUACGGAGCCGUGGUACAGGCCAUGAGUCGUGGCUGGGAUGGCGAUUAAGAGGCAGCCCUGCCCAGCGGCCUCCACCUGGUGGCCCCUGACGGU